UCUGUUUAAUAUGGUUGCAAGGGACAGAAUCACAUAGGCAAGCUCGUGUAACCCUCUCAUUCCUCUUAUCUUGCUUCAUUUUCAUGUGGUUAACAUCCUUCUCCUGCUAAAAACAACAUAUAUAGGUUGAAAUGUACACCCUGUCUUAUCCACAUUCCUUGGAAAAUCUCAAGUAAUGCUAACGUGGCCUUAUCCAAAUAUUUUUCAAACCAUCUUCAACUCUUCAUACAUAAAAUCUAUGCUGUCUCAUAUUAGCAUUCAAGACCAAGAACACAAAAACCACUUAAUUAGUCCUUCUCACAUCCAAAAUCUUGUGCCAGCAAAUCAAACAUGGCAUCCAUGACUAUGCUUCAGACCAUGAUUCCUAAGAAUGCACCGAACCUCCCUCCUCGUGUUGGUGCUUCUUCCAACAACACUACUAAGAUCUCAUUUGGUGGCUCAGGUAGGGUACUGUGGACCGGGAUUCAGAGGAACAGGAAUAAUAGGUCUUCUUCGAUUGUAGUUGCUGCAGUUGGAGAUGUUUCAUCUGAUGGCACUGCGUACCUUGUUGCUGGUGCCAUUGCUGUGGCUCUAGUUGGAACGGCCUUCCCCAUCUUCUUCUCUCGCAAAGACACAUGCCCUGAAUGUGAUGGAGCAGGGUUUGUGCGGAAGGCUAAUGUGACAUUGAGAGCAAAUGCAGCAAGAAAGGAUCAAACCCAAAUCGUUUGUGCUCGCUGCAAUGGUUUGGGCAAACUUAACCAAAUUGACAAAUAGACAACAUUAUGCUCCCUACAUUGCCCCUUUCUUUCUUUUCUUAUUACUAUGUAAUUAUUUAAGGAUAAUAUAUUAUUGAUAUCCCCUCCUCGUGUUUCUUCGUCCUAUGAGAUGAACAUUAUAAUAUAUCAUGAUAGGAGAGAAAAGCACAAAUUUCACUUGUUCAGAAACCUACCAUUUUGAUUUUGCAUUGCGUAUCUGAUUUGUGUUUUUCUCUCCCGUAUCAUGAUACCCCGAUGUUCCUAAUCUGUUGUUUAAUUGUGCAUAUGUUGUAUGUACUUGAAGUACACUUGACAACAAGAAAGUCCAAUAAAUAUGAUAUAUGUUCGUCCUUUCUUCCAA